GAGAGAGAGAGAGAGAGAGACAGAGACAACAUCCUGGACCAUUGUUUUUUUGCUUUUCUUUCACCCUCGAUUCUGUGAUAUCCUACCAGAAGACUUGGCUCUUGUGUUGCAUUUCUGUUAAAAAGUUUGGGGAAUUAAGACAUCCCAGACAGUCGUUUUGAAGACUUGGUAUGGGUUACAACUCCAGAAGGGGCACCAGCUGAAGACAGAGAGAGAGACAGAGGGAGAUAGGCUCGUUAGUGGAGUGUACAAGAGACAGACAGAGACUCAGAGAGGUAGAGAGAGACAGAGAGAAAUAGAAUCGUUUCUGGAGUGUGAAAGAGAGACACAGAGAGAGGUAGAUUCAUUCUUGGAGUGUACAAUUGUUUUCAAAGGGCUGUUGACACGAUGUUUGAGCACCUGGUCCAGAUUCUGUCAGUGGCGUGGGCUCUGGAGGUGCUGCCGAUCUCUGGAAGCAAGCUGUGGGACGUCCCGUCAGCUCCGCACCCCCUGGCGAACACAACGCUCAAGCUGCAGUGGGAGCCACAGUGCCAGUUCCAAUUGCGCCACUUGCAGGACGGGGCGAGGAUCACAGCCCUCAUACCACCUCAGCUGGAGGGCAACUGGGUAUCCACAGGGUGUGAGGUGCGCCCCGGUCCAGAGUUUCUUACGCGGUUCUACACCUUCUACUCCAACCGGCUCUUCAAAGCCCUGCAGUUCUACUACCAGGAUGGGGGCUGCCGGGAGCCCACUUACUCACUGACCAUCAAGGGGAAGCUACGACUGCGCCAGGCAUCCUGGAUCACCCGAGGAGCUACCGAGACAGACCACCACGUCAACAAAGUGGGCAUCGUCUUCCACAGCCAGGCAGCCAUGCAGGAGCUCGCGGGCCGGAUCAACCUCACCUGCCCGGGGUUCCUGUCGAGGGGGGGCAGGUGGGCGCCAGGGAGGGUUCACGAGCUGUACAACUCCAAGAGCGGCCGUGACUGCAGGGCAGGCUUGGGCUUCUCCAUGCUGGAGCUGGGGCUGCUCAGGUUGGAGAAGCAGCAGCACCCACAGCGCCGCCUGGUGGAGGAGCUGUUCCUGGGUGACGUGCACACCGACUGGGCGCAGAGAAUGAACUACAGGCCCACCGGGUACCAGCGCCCGCUGCAGAAUGCCAUGCACCACAUACACCCGUGCCCGGUGUGCGGAAUCGUCUACCGCUCCAAUGAACACCAGCCCCCCAUCCUGCCCCGCCAGCCGGACCUGCCCCUGGAGCUCCAGGGCAAGUGGGUGAGCCGGGAGUGCGAGGUGCGACCCGCGGUCCUCUUCCUCACCCGCUAUUUCAUCUUCCAAGAGCGCAGCCGCUCCUGGGAGGGCUACUACCACCACUACUCCGACCCGGCAUGCCGGCAGCCCACCUUCACCGUGCAUGCCUCGGGGCACUACGUGAGGGGCCACCGCUCCGCAGUGGUGCCCGAUGGCACCGACUUCGUGUUCAAGGUGACUCAUGCCAAGGUGACAGCACUGGACAGGGCCACGGUGCUGAUGCUCAACGCCUCCGAGAAGGGCACCUGCGGCGAGGCGGGCUCCUGGACGCUCGGGCAGGAGCAGGACAUCACCGGCACUCAGGGCUGCGCCUCACUGGGCAUCACGCUCCCCCACAAUGAGUACGAGCUCUUCAAAACACAGCUGGACCACAAGCAGCGCCCCCUACUGUUCAUUGGUGAGAGGCCCACCGACGGCUCUAGCCCCGACCGGCCCGAGAAGAGGCCCACCUCCUACCAGGCCCCGCUGGUCCAGUGCACAGGAACGGUGGAGACGGCUGCCAGGCACGGCCAGCGCAGCCAGCAGGGCAGAGCCAGCGUGCUCAAAGUGACUGGCUGGGCAACCCUGCUGGGGGUCAGCUUGUACCUGCUCGCUGUGCUCUGAGUGGGGACUACGGAGCGGGGAUGGAUUCUGUGCAAACUGGAUGCAUAAGCAAACAUGUACAUAUUUAUAUAUAUAUUGUUAUACCCUGUAUUUAAGUUUUGGGUUUUUUUUUUUACAUUGAGGUGCUAUUGCCUUUUGGGAAAUGACAUGAAAUAUAUAUAUAUAUAUAUAUAUAUA